GCGUCCAGCCCAUUCUUGUGGCAGCCGCUGUGGACUAUGAGAUGAUUAAUGGGCGACGCCACGGUGAGCUCGCCGAACGCAUCGCGAAUGACAUCAAGAAGCGCAGGAGGCUUGAUGCUGGUAUUGACCAGCUGCCCUUCAACCCAAUGAAUCUACCCGGGAACAAUCCCGAAGUAAAGCAGGCUCGCGAACUUGAAGGCGGGAUUGUCAUCAUCGGUCGUCCGACCUUCAAGGAGUUCAUGGCGGGACUUAAGCGCGGCUGGUUGGAGAGUCUCGAGAUUGUCGACAAGGAGGAGCGGCUCUCUAGGGAACUUGAGAACGACGGACGCUUUGACGAGCCCGAACUAGAGCCCUCUACUUCGUUCAACGCUGGCGAGGAUGAACCCAUCCCGACGCCGUCCAAGCUGAAGCCGUCAUUCGUCCCCCCGCAUCUCAAAUCUGGUGCCCGCCCACCUUCUUCUCAAAAUGACCACCAGCCGAUACCUUCCGCUUUGAACAUUCCGCCCGCGAGCAUACCACCACAGCCUCCGCUCCUGCUAGUGCCGUUUUUAAACUACAUCGGUCUCACUCAGAUACCACACAUGAUCUGGGAAUUCUUCAACGAACGACACAAGGUGCGCUCUGGGGCUGAAGCAGCCUACCGUAUCAUCGUCGGUGAGACCCGCCCUGUGACCGCUCCUUCCAACUUUGAAGACGCAGACCCGACACCCGCCGAGCCUUUCCAGGCCGAACCUCUGAGCGAGCCGCUGGACAUCAACUUCAACAAAGACUUCGAGGCCUACUACAAGGCGUCCUUCGUGAAGGACUUCACGUCCGAGAUUCAGAAGGCGCGCGAAGGGUACUACCAGGAGCUGUCGAAGAAGCUCGAGACCGCCCGUGCGUUGGCGCGAGGCUCGCGCGAACCUACGAAGGACGAAGUCAACUAUCCGCCACCCACGGAGGUCGAGCUGCGUGCCGAGCGCAUGAAAAAAGAACUUCGGUGGCGUAGCGACGAGGCCGGCUGGGACAUCGUCAAGCCCAGCUCGUCUGUUGCUUGGGACGAGAGGUUCAGGAGCACGCUGAGGGUGUUUGUCGAGCCGUCAUCUGAGCGAGAGGCAGAGUUUCGGAGGCAGGCGGAGGAGAUUAUGAGCAGCGUCGCGCGAAAAGAGGAGGAACAGCAAUAGCCUCUGAAUCUAACUCAUGACGGUAGAAAGAUUGCAUAAAAGCAUAUGCAUGGGCUUGGGUAUAUGCACAUCUAUUUGAUACACUAGACCUGUCACUUGUAAUGCUAAUUGCCAUUCUCUACGACAACGAUCGCAUCGCUUUCGAGCCAUUCUGCGAACUCAGCCAUAGCUAUAUCCCAGGGAUGCGGCUCUUCUUGAGCAAUGUCUUGAUGCAACGGCGCUAGAUCCCGGACAUCCGAAUUCGCCUGAGGCUUGGGAAAUGACGGCACUGGGGCUGCUUGGAUUUCCCGUUGACAUGCCGGUACGGGUAGUCGGGGCGGAGUAGUAGCUCGAGCGACAACAGGUGAGACGAGCGGGAGAUCCCCAGACCGGACGUCGAAAAGGCUUUCAUCUAAGUG